AUGAACCACGAGGACGACUUUCAAAACUGGAAGUCACGAGCCCUCGCCGCCGCAGUCUACAAUUACGAAAAGCCCGAAACGAAGAGCGAGGGAUGCGUUGUUCUGGGUCUCUUUUGUGAGCGGACAGGCGAGUUCGUCCCUAGCGAUCAUCUCGGACACGGAAGCCAGAGUGCAGCACCUGAUCACGACGUGCCAGAGGCCAUCGCGAUCACAACGAACCGCGAGCGACAACAGAUCGAGCAACGACAAGCCGUCUACCGUCAUGAAAUGUACUCAAAGCACAUAGGCUCGACCCGUCGUACGGGAUAUCGCGAAUUGACGCCGCAAAACUUCCUUCGCGACCCGACCCUCGUUUCCCGCGCGCGCAUGUUUAUCCGCCGCGAGUUGCAUGUGUUCACGCUGCAGCAGCCUUCAAGAAGUAUAUGCAGAGCGACGAGGGCGAACAUGGCGCGACGGAGGGCGCAGAAUGCCGAAUUUCUACUAGAGUACAUUGUUGCGAUUCUCAAGACAGUCGACAUGAUGGGCUGGGCUGGCGAGGCUGAGAAGAUGAUCGGCGAGUAUCUGGGCCGUCAACAUGCGAAGUUCUUUCUGCAUGAGCUGCGUUCAUGGCUCAGAAGCCCAUAUCAGCGACUUGAUGAGUGGGACGCGGUCGUGCAGUUCCCACCCCCUAAAAUCUUCACUGCCGCUCUACUCUCCUCACACGACAUAACCUCCCUCAUCCGCGACACAGAGUCCCACGAACGAGCACUCUUCUCGGUGCCACCUCCACCUCCGCCGCCCACAAACCUUCCCAAAGCCAAGACAGACGAUGAACCUAGUAGCAAACGUCGUCGUACGGUAUUCAAUGUGGCACAGGGCGAAGUCACCACCGGACCUCCCAAUGCGAACAGGAGGAAACACACCGCCGUGGCCGCCGUCUUGGGUGGUGAAAUGACAGAGAGCCUGCAACGGGGUAAGAGCGAGGUUGACGUGGAAGUUCUCCUCAAGGGCGCUGAGAAGCUAUGCAGCGUCUACGAAAUGCCUGGCGCGCGAGAUCGCAUCAACGACCUCCGCGGACGGUACAGAGCUGGAAAGGGCACACUGGGCUAUUACGAGGGCAGGGUAGCUGAACAGGCUGCACAGCUGGCAGAGUAUAAGCAUGACUGGAUGGAUGUCGACGAAGAAGAAGAACAAGGGGCUGAUAAUGACGUGUGGACCGAGGACGAUCUGCGACGAGAGGAAGAAGAAGCCCGGGAGCUGGAGGGCAAGAAACGGGAGCUGCAACGGCGACUCAAGACCAUGGAGAAGGAUCUCGGCGGUUUAAUGAGCAUGUGA